UUCUACACAGGCCUCAUUUUUUUUUUUUUUCUUGUUCCUGCAAUAUAAUCGUAGCACCCAAAUCCAUCGUCAUCAACCAGAAACCCCUACAUCGGUUUUCUCUUCUUGAAUCUUGAUGUCCCUUCAAUUCCGUUUAUAUUAUGCUAUUUCAUUCCAGUCCAAUCGAAUCCAAUCCUAUUCGAUAUAAUCAAUCCUCUCCUACUCUUCACCAGAUUUGCUUCAGGAGGACGGCGUUAUUUCGAUCCGCCGACGAUCUAUUGGGUUGAUUUCGGGUUGUGAGACAAUGGAAGAAUUGAGAAAUGUAACUAUGAGAGUUUGAAAGAUGCCUGGGUUAACGCAAAAAAAUGACCAUUUAAAUGGUGGGUCAUCGGCUGUAUACUCGCUCUCCGCCAAUGGGUUUUGGUCCCAGCAUGGCGACGAUGUUAGCUACGUUCAGCUCCAGAAGUUUUGGAGUGAACUGCUGCCCCAAGCUAGGCAGAAACUCCUGAGAAUUGACAAGCAAACUCUCUUUGAGCAAGCUCGUAAGAAUAUGUACUGCUCUCGAUGUAAUGGUUUGCUGCUUGAAGGAUUUUUGCAGAUUGUCAUGUAUGGGAAAUCUUUACAACAAGGAAACACAUGUGUGAAUCAUACUUGCAACAGAUUAGGGGUUUCAAAAAGUCAAACUUGCGAUGGGUCAUUGGCAGUUAAUGGGUUUCAUGAUGAAAUUCAAGACCCAUCUGUCCAUCCUUGGGGUGGUUUGACCACAACGCGUGAGGGGUUGCUGACACUUUUGGGCUGCUAUUUGUAUUCAAAGUCUUUCCUGGGUCUCCAAAAUGUAUUUGACAGUGCACGAGCUAGGGAGCGAGAGCGUGAAUUGCUUUAUCCUGAUGCUUGUGGUGGGGGAGGUCGAGGCUGGAUAAGUCAAGGAACAGUGGGCUAUGGCAGGGGACAUGGUACAAGGGAAACAUGCGCCCUGCACACUGCUAGGCUUUCUUGUGAUACACUGGUGGAUUUCUGGUCAGCAUUAGGAGAAGAAACUCGACAAUCUCUUCUAAGGAUGAAAGAAGAAGAUUUUAUUGAGAGACUAAUGUACAGGUUUGACAGCAAGAGGUUUUGUAGAGAUUGCAGAAGAAAUGUGAUCCGUGAGUUCAAGGAGCUGAAGGAGCUGAAGCGCAUGAGGAGAGAGCCUUGCUGCACUAGUUGGUUUUGUGUUGCAGAUAUGGCUUUUCAUUACGAGGUCUCAGAUGAUACAAUCCAGGCCGAUUGGCAUCAAACCUUUGCUGACUCUGUGGAGACAUAUCAUUAUUUUGAGUGGGCUGUUGGAUCAGGAGAAGGAAAAUCUGACAUUCUGGAAUUUGAAAAUGUUGGCAUGAACGGAAGUGUCAAAAUGAAUGGCCUAGAUCUUGGUGGUUUGAAUUCAUGUUUUAUCACCCUCAGAGCUUGGAAAUUAGAUGGACGCUGCACAGAGCUGUCAGUGAAAGCUCAUGCAUUAAAAGGUCAACAAUGUGUUCAUCGAAGACUUAUAGUUGGUGAUGGAUUUGUUACAAUCACUAGAGGGGAAAAUAUUAGGAGGUUUUUUGAGCAUGCUGAAGAGGCUGAGGAGGAGGAGGAGGAUGAUUCGAUGGAUAAGGAUGCAAAUGAUUUGGAUGGAGAUUGCUCUCGUCCUCAAAAGCAUGCAAAGAGUCCAGAACUUGCUCGGGAGUUUCUUUUGGAUGCUGCAACUGUCAUCUUUAAAGAACAGGUUGAAAAAGCAUUCAGAGAAGGAACAGCUCGCCAAAAUGCUCAUAGCAUUUUUGUUUGUCUAGCACUAAAAUUAUUGGAAGAACGAGUUCACAUAGCAUGCAAAGAAAUCAUUACUCUAGAAAAGCAGAUGAAACUUCUUGAAGAAGAAGAGAAGGAAAAGCGUGAAGAAAAGGAACGCAAAGAGCGGAAAAGGACAAAAGAACGAGAGAAGAAGCUCCGAAGAAAAGAAAGAUUAAAAGGGAAGGAAAAGGAUAAAGAUAAGAUAAGUUCUGAAUCAGCUGAAGUAUGUUCUCAUUCUGAUAUCUUAGAGGACUUAUCCCCAUGUGUUUUGGAGCAAAAUUCCAUCUCUGUCGAUGAAACAUGUGAUGCCAGCAUUCCUGAAUCCUCUGAUACUCUGGAUGAGCAAUUUUUAGAUGAAUCCAUUAUUUCAGAAGUGCAAAGUUCAUAUGAUGAUGGCCUUGCCGGGAAACCUACUGAUGGGAAUGAUGGAAAUGAAUCUUUCAUGGUUGAUUCAUCAAAGUUUUCUCGCUGGAGAUUAAAAUUCCCAAAGGAAGUUCAAGAUCAUUCUUUCAAGUGGUCUGAGAGGCGACGAUUUUCAGUUUCCGAAAAUGGGGCAGGAGCUAGCAGAUCUGAGCAAAGAUAUUAUGGUGAUAGUUUGGAGAAUCCUUCAAGAACCAUGAAUGGAUCAAACAGGAAACUAAGAACGAAUUCAUUAAAGGCGUAUGGUCGACACAUCUCUAAGUUCAAUGAAAAGUCGCACUCUUCCAACAACCGGGUAUCUUACGACUACCGUUCCUGUGUCUGUAACCAAAAUAAUGAAUUAAACAAAAAGGCAGAGGCAUUUGUUUCUUCAGUUAGAGUUAAUCGAGAUGUCAAAUCUGCGAGCACGUCAGAAUCGUCAUUUGAUAUGUCCAAGCAGUGUUCUCAUUCUAACAGGUACAGCUAUGGAGAUCAUUCUCGUGAUGGUGGAAGAUUGAAAAACAAAAACAAUUCUCCUGGUAAAGAUUACGUUUAUUCAAAGAAAGUUUGGGAGCCCAUGGAAUCACAGAAGAAAUAUCCUAGAAGUAACUCAGAUUCAAAUGUAGCAAUGAAGUCUUCAACUUGUAAGUUUAAUGUUGAACCCGAUUUUGACCUUGUGAAGUCGGGGCAUGAUGCCUGUAGUGGUGAAGUUGCUGUGACUUCGAGUACAGUUGAUCAAGAAGAGAGUAAUUCGACUGAGUCGACCUCUGGUGUUGAAUCAGAUGAAGUCUCCCAAAAUGGACUCGAAUGGAAGGAUCAUAAAAACAUAGAAGAAGAUGCAUGCGAGGUAACAAAGCGUUCGGUAAAUUCAACAGGCACGACAUUGACAUCGAGUGGGACUAAUAACCGAGUAGGAACUAGGUCUUUAAAUUCUGAUAGCUGCUCAUCAUGCCCGAGUGAAGGAGACAGUAGUAAUAUCUGCUUGAACCAUGGAAAUCUGGAAUCGUUGUCCACAUCUGACUCCGAAGAUGCUAGUCAUCACUCAGAAGGAAAAGAAUCUUCAGCAUCCAUUCAGAAUGGCUUCUCUGAACAUCAUGAGACAAGGAUGGAUAAAGUAGUUGAAGUUGAUGCCUUGGGGAUCAGGAACCAUUCCGGUCUUUUGCAAGAGAUCGAGGGAUGUAAAGUUCAAGUAAAUGCACCGAACCGAGUUCCCCGGGACUUCGAAGCAGGAUUCUCUGCUGUUAGUUUGGACUCCUCCCCAUGUCAAGUGACACUUCCUCCAACUCAGAAUCAAACUCAAAAUAUUCACUUUCCAGUGUUUCAGGUUUCUCCAGCGAUGGGUUAUUACCAUCAAAACUCAGUUUCAUGGCCUGCAGCAGCAGCUCAUGCUAAUGGGAUAAUACCUUUCUCCUAUUCAAAUCACUGUCUGUAUACCAAUCCUCUUGGGUAUGGUUUAAGUGAUAACCCACGCUUCUGUAUGCAGUAUAGCCAUUUGCAUCAUCUAACUACUCCCGUCUUCAACCCGAGCCCGGUUCCUAUUUAUCAGCCAGCUUCCAAAGCCAACAAUGGUGUAUACACCGAAGAACGAAGUGAGGUCCCCAAGACAGGUUCAAUGGUAGAAAGCUCAGAUGUUGUAGCUAAUCCCGACGUCAUCGGUACCACUGGACUCCCAUACGCAAUCAGUUCACCACCAGGCAGAGAUCGUAAGCAAAACGACACUUCCAUAUUGCCAAACGACAGCUCAAGCUUUUCAUUGUUCCAUUUUGGAGGGCCUGUUGCAUUUUCAACAGGAGGUAACUUAAAGCCCAUGCCUUCCAAGGAAGACGAUAUUGUUGGGGAUUUUUCGAGAAAUAACGAAGCAACGGAUGUUGUUGACAAUGUCCAUGCUUUCAAUAAGAAGGAAACUGCCAUCGAAGAAUACAACUUGUUUGCAGCAAGCAAUGGCAUGAGGUUCUCAUUCUUCUGAAUGGGAGCAUGAUGAUAUAUGAGGGGACUGUUUUCGAGUUUCUAGUCCCUAUCUUCAUAUUAAUUUUUUUUUUUUUUAAUGGAAUUUUACAGUACUUCCUACAUAAUAAAUUUUCUUUUCUUUUUUUUUCUUUUUUUUUUUAAAGUAGUUGAUUGCUCCCAAAAUUUGUCUCAUUAUUUUCGAGAUGUGAGAACACACAAAAGAAAAAAAGAAAAAAAAGCAAAAUUGGAUGAAGGAGUGCUAUGAUGUUUGAAAGUUUUCUAAAUGAGAUGAGUCUUCUUGUAGAUGAA